GGUUUGAUGCCGGAACAGCUCGGUCUGAGGUGGCAGUGUGCGUGCCCGCCGCCGCGACGUGACGUCACACCGCGGGUGACGGGUCACGCGCACGUACACGGCGGAGAAGCGGGCAACAUGGAGGCGGCGGAAGAUAACCUGGGAUCUGUUGAUCAUAUUCUGCUGGUUCUGUCUGGCAAAGGAGGAGUAGGAAAAAGCACCAUAACAACAGAAUUAGCACUAGCGCUGAGGAAUGCAGGGAAAAAGGUUGGAAUUCUGGACAUCGAUCUUUGUGGUCCUAGUAUCCCCCGGAUGCUGAAUGUUCUCAAUAGUGCUGUGCACCAGUGUGACGCUGGAUGGGUUCCAGUUUACGUAGACACCAAUAAAACAAUGUGCUUGAUGUCAAUAGGCUUUCUCUUGGAGAGUCCAGAUGAUGCUGUGAUAUGGAGAGGGCCAAAGAAAACAGCUCUUAUCAAGCAAUUUCUCUCUGAUGUGGCGUGGGGAGAGCUUGACUAUCUCAUUGUAGACACACCUCCAGGGACUUCUGAUGAGCACAUCUCAGUGGUGGAGGCCCUUCGUCAACAUAAACCCGAUGGAGCUCUUUUGGUUACGACGCCUCAGGCAGUAUCUAUAGGGGAUGUAAGAAGGGAAUUGACGUUCUGUAAGAAAACUGGAUUACCUGUCAUUGGAAUAAUUGAGAACAUGAGUGGCUUUGUCUGCCCAAACUGUUCAGAAUGCACUAAUGUAUUUUCCAGAGGAGGUGGGGAAGCACUUGCUGAGCAGUCCGGGGUUCCAUUUCUAGGAUGUGUUCCUCUAGAUCCUCAACUGGCACAUAGUCUGGAAGAAGGUAGAGAUUUCAUCCAAGCCUUUCCAAAGAGUGCAACCUUCGAUGCCAUUAAUAAAAUAGUGGAGAAGAUUUUAAGCAAUGAUAAUGAAUUCUCUGGACAUGAUACAUGACCAUAGAAACAGGAAUGGGUUAUUUAGGCUCUCAAGCCUAUUUCUCCAUUAAGUGGAAUUACCACUGACUCAUGAGCUAACUCCUUUACUUAAUAACUCUUGAUAAUUAACAUGCACCAAAAUCUAUCAAUACUGCAUUUAAAAUUACAAAUUGACCCAGGAGCAGCUAGUAUUUGUGGAGGAGGGUUUUAUGCCUCUAUACUAUACAACAUUCGAAUGGCAGGGUAGUGUAGGUUCGCACAAUGCAAAAUAGUACCAGUGACCAGGGUUUUAAUUCCUGUCGCUCCCUGUAAGGAGUUUGUACAUUAUCCCUGUGAGCGCGUGGGUUUCCUCUCCUAGUCCAAGACAUACCAGUUGGUAGGUUAAUUGGUCAUUGUAAAUUGCCUUGUGAUAAGGCUAUUAUUAAAUUGGGGGAUUGCUGGCGGUGCGGCUCGAAGGGCUUAUUUGUGCUUUAUCUCAAUAAACAAACAAAUUCUUUGAGUAGUAAAGUGUAUACUAACAUUCACAAGAGCAGCCUCUAAUUUUUAGAUGCUGUCUCAACUCCUUAGUGACUGGAGAUAGUUUUUCCCUGUCGGCAGUGUCAAUUGCCCUCUAAUAUCUUGAAAAACUCAGAUAAAAUUUUCUCAUAAUCCUUAACUUCCAGGGAACACAAUCAUAGCUAAAAUAAAGUAAGGGCAGAGGAUUGUUCUUUGUAUAUUUGUAUUGGACAGCAGAAAUAGGAGAUUGGGGAAAAGAAGCAUUAAAUAUACCCAUUCCUGAGAUAUGAUAACAAGAUGUCAAUAUUUAUUCCAGAAAUAUGUUUUAUAAAUAUGGAACAGUAUUUGUGCUUAUUGAAAUGUGUAAAAAAAUAAAUUCUUUGUACCCUGUUAAUUUUGUGAAUGUGCUUGAAGAUCUGUAACCUGAUGCCCUUUAGUAAAGAAUAUCUGUAAUGGCAGACAUUGUGCUCUGGGUGCUAUGUUAAGGAGCUAUGUAUAGCUGUGUUGCCUAAGAGUGCUUGAUUCAGGAGAUUAUCUGCUUCAGCAGAACUAGCCUAAUAUUUUUUUAACAGCCAAUUUACCCUGUAGGACAUUAGUUCACACAGCAACUUGAGUUAUUUCAAUAUAGUGAGUUUAAGGUAUAAACUUGAGGAAUUAAAGACAUACUCUAGUUGAUUCCUAAUCAAUAAGUUUUCAAAUCAAAUCUAAUGUUGCAAUUAAUAUUUUCCAUACUCAGAUAUUUUUCUGAAUGAAGUGCAUGUAAAAGUAGUAUGUUAUGUAAUAGACAGCCUUAUGCAUACCUCCUAUUAAGAAUGCCACAAGUGACUGAGGAAUUCACUUUCACAAGGCUUGUUUCGAAAAUAGAAUUUAAUUUGUAUACUAUAAUUGGGAAACAGAAAUCAUUGAUUGUUUCUGAAGUGUUUUAAAUUCACAAGAAGCAGCAUCAUGAGUUAUUGAAACUUAUUGAAGCAUGCAGUAUCAUCGGUGCUAUAACAUAAAGAUCAUUAGAGACAUUAUUUUGCCUGCUGUUCAUUUGAGACAUAUGGACUGACAUUGCUUAUGAUCGGAUAGGAACUGUUCUUUCAGAUGACGUUAACUUUCAUUUAUUUACAAUGUGGGCCCAUCCUUAAUUUCCCUUGAAUUGACUGAUUUGUUGGCCAUUCAGGAGGAGUCAACCAUGUAGAUGUGCAGGUCUGACUCAGUCAGAUCGGCUGAGAAUGGGAAUCGACUUUCCUUAAAGAUUGUUCAUGAACAAAGUGGGUUGCAAUGAUAAUCCGGUGAUUUUGUGGUUAUACAAGCUUUUACAUUUACUCCUCCAUCAGUGGUGGAUUUGAACUGAAGUUGUAAUUGCUGUGGUAUUGUAUUUCCUGAAUGACUGAUUAGAAUUGUGAAGCUUGAUUUCUACAAUUGAGGUUUCAUCUGCAGGAAUAUUUUACUGCAUCUGCUCUGUUGUACUUGCAAGUGAAGGAAAUAAAGAUACCUUUAAGUCCUGUGGUGGGAUUGAAGAGAGCAUUAAUUUAGCAUAAAAAAAAAAUCACUAACCUCAUGUUUCAUUGAACAAAGAAUAAAAAUGAUGAAAAUUGAAAAACCGUAUUCAAAAGAUUUUGGAAUUGCUAUAUUUAGAAAUAUACUGAAAUGUCUACGUUUCUAAGACCUCAAAUUUUAAAAAGAGGAAGUGAUAGAAAUGCUCAGCAGAUUAGGGAGUAUAUGUAGAUAUACAGGUGUGAAAGUACACGUUUCAGAUUAGCUAAGACUGGGAGUCAGAAAGGCCAAAUAAUUUUUUAAGAUCCAGGUAAAAGAGGAGUGGGAUAGGUUGGAUGUCAGGAAUAUACAGAAUAUAAUUUUUUAUUGAAGCAGAACUAAAGACCAGUGACCAUAAUUCUCUAUUAGUUUGAAAAUAGUUAUGGAAAAAGAUGGGACUAAUCCACAAAUUAAAAUCCUAAAUUGAGGUAAGACAAAAGUGGAUUGGGAUAGGCUAUUGCAGGUAAAGAUUUGCCUUCUAAAGAGUCUGGGAGAGUUUAAGGAUGGUAUAUUUUCAUUACAAUGAAGUGUUUGUCUUUUGUAGGGUAAGCGAGUGCAAAACAAAACAUGGAUUUAAGAUGAGGCAGGUAGCGUUUAAAAAAGGAUCAAAGGGAAAGUUUUACACACUGAGUGUGAUGGGUAUCUGGAAUGAGUUGCCAGCGGAAACUAGAGUUAGGUACAAUUGCCAUGUUUAAAAGACAUUUAGAGAUGUACAUGGAUAGAUAGGUUAGAAGAUAUAGGCUGUCUAAAUUUGUAAUGAGGUCAAAAUUUACUUUUAAGUCCAAAUGAAAGAGAAGACUUAAAAAUGUUCUGAAUUUUAUGAAAUAAUCUAAUCCAAAAUUUGUCCUGGAUGUCGCUGGGAUGUGUGCUUAAUUUUGAAUAACCUUUAAAUAUCACUAAUUUUGACACUUAGAUUUAUGUCUCCAUUAGAUCAAUCUUUUGUUUCUUUGUUCAUUGCUUUUUUGUUUAA